AUGGAUAUUCUGGUCGCAGAGAUUGCUCGUAAGCGCAAAGCGCUCGAGGACAAGGAACUUAUUACCACCGACAGAAAAUAUUUUAGGAGGAAGGAUCUGCACAAAAAGGAGGCGGAGGAGUAUGUCGAGAAAUGUAAAUACAGGACUAACAUUAUAGACACUGCGAACGAGUCGGAGCUCUCCGGCCUAAUAGACUCUACCCCGGAGGAGAAUUUGCUUUUAAAAAAAUUUGAGAAGGAACGCGAGGAAAAGGCGAAAGGCAAGAUAAUGCCCCGCAAAGAUGUCAUCAGACUUCUCAGAGAGCGAAAUCAGCCAAUUUGUCUCUUUGGAGAAUCUGAAUAUGACACGUUUCAACGACUAAAGCGUAUACAGCUGCUCGAACCUGAAACAAAAGGCUUGCGGAAUGAUUUGAUUGCCGCUCUUGAAAAAGUGGACGAAGAUGAGGAUGAAACCGUCUUUAGUACUAAUAGGUCAGGUGAAGGCGCUGACGGUUCACACGAGGGACACAGUGGCUUGGAAGUCCAGAUAAAACGAGAUUAUAUAUCUCCAGAAGAAAUUGAAGUUCUUAAGCUGAAACUCUCAGCUUUUGUUGCCCUUCGCGAAGGAACGGCCACAGAUGAUGCCACAGCCGCGGCUGUAAAAAUAUGUCAUAUGGCUGUUCAACAUCGUAUUGCUCCGGAGGAUGAACAGAAAGCUCGCGAGGAAGUAUCGGAUCAUGUUUUGAGGUAUCUAAAGUUCCUACUCUCCUUAUGGGGAACGGCAUUGAACGAAAGAUCGAAGGAAGAAAAACUCACCUUUCAGGGUAAAAUUGCUAGUGCCACAUAUAACCAGACUCUGGAGUACAUUAAGCCGCUCUUCAAACGUCUGAAAACUAAGAGGUGUCAAGAUGACAUUCUGGAUUCCCUCGUCAAGAUUGUCGUGCUUCUCAUGGACAGAAAUCACAUAAAGGCAAAUGACGCUUUCCUCGAGUUGGCCAUUGGAAAUGCUCCCUGGCCCCUGGGUGUUACAAGUCACGGUAUCCACUCUCGCACAGCCCAGGAGAAAAUUCACGCCAAGAACGUGGCUCAUGUGCUGAACGAUGAAACACAGCGCAAGUUCAUUCAGGCUAUCAAGCGACUGAUGACGAAAGCCCAAGUCUACUUCCCUGCCGAUCCCUCAAGAUGUGUCAACUAUAUGGGCUCCUCGUGA